UGAAGCGGUUUGUUUGCCGUUGCCAGGCCGAUUGUUUCGAGUCUCCGAGGAGAUUUGAUCCUCAUUGAUCCGUUUAUUUGCUUAAACUGUUAAACAUUAGCGGGAUUAUGAUAUGAAAAUGCAGUUAAAUAGUAUAACUCCAUUUUAAACAAUGCCCUUUCGACAAAAGCGAUUAAUCUUCCCUCAUAUUUGUGUCCUGUGAUUUGUUUAUCGCUGUAUUUGUCUCGCUUUCGUACAUGGCAACCGAGACUGACAGGCUCUGCUGCUGGCAACACUAUCACUGUGACGUAAUCCUACAGAUGUUUUAAGGCAGCACUUGCACCAAAGUAAUCCAGAAGCUGUCAAAAUGUCUAAAAGCAAGAGCUCUGAAACCGUAAAGGUGGUGGUGCGCUGUCGCCCCAUGAACGAGAAGGAGCGAGUUGCCAACUUCGAGAGGGUGGUUUCUGUAGAUGUGAAGUUAGGGCAGGUGGCCGUACGCAACCCUCGAGGUGCGUCCUCCCACGAUCACCCUAAGGUUUUCACUUUCGAUUCAGUCUACGAUUGGAGCUCCAAACAGAUGGAGCUUUACGACGAGACCUUCCGCCCGUUGGUGGACUCUGUGCUGUUUGGUUUCAACGGGACCAUUUUUGCAUACGGUCAGACUGGUACCGGAAAGACCUUCACGAUGGAGGGGGUACGAAACGACCCCGAUAGGAGGGGCGUCAUACCCAACUCCUUUGAGCACAUUUUCACGCACAUUUCGCGCUCGCAGAACCAGCAGUACUUGGUCAGGGCUUCAUACUUGGAGAUUUAUCAAGAGGAGAUCAGGGAUCUUUUAUCGAAGGACCAAUCUCGCCGUCUGGAGCUCAAGGAGAGGCCUGAUACGGGCGUUUAUGUUAAAGACCUCUCUUCAUUUGUCACCAAAAGCGUUCGGGAGAUCGAGCAUGUGAUGAAUGUCGGCAACCAGAACCGAUCGGUUGGUGCAACCAAUAUGAACGAGCACAGUUCCCGCUCUCACGCCAUCUUUGUCAUCACAGUCGAGUGUAGUGAGCUGGGCCCUGACGGAGAAAACCACAUCCGGGUUGGAAAGCUCAACCUUGUUGACCUUGCAGGAAGCGAAAGGCAGACGAAGACUGGUGCACAGGGUGAGCGCUUGAAAGAGGCCACCAAAAUCAACCUCUCCCUCUCCGCUUUAGGUAAUGUCAUCUCGGCGCUGGUAGACGGACGAAGCACGCACAUCCCAUACCGUGACUCUAAGCUUACGAGGCUUUUGCAGGAUUCCUUGGGCGGAAAUGCCCGAACAGUUAUGGUAGCCAAUAUUGGACCCGCCUCCUACAAUCUAGAAGAGACGCUGACGACUCUACGCUAUGCCAAUCGAGCUAAAAACAUUAAGAAUAAGCCCCGUGUCAACGAAGACCCCAAGGACGCUCUGCUUCGAGAAUUUCAGGAGGAGAUUGCCCGCUUGAAAGAACAACUGGAGAAAAGAUCCGGCAAAAAGAGGAGGAAAAGGAGGAGACGGAGAGUUGGAGAAGGAGGAGAGGAGUUGGAGGAUGGGGAAGAUGAUGAUGAAGAUGAUGAUGAUGAUGAUGAAGAGGAAGGAAUGGACGGGGAUAAGAGCAUUACGGAUUAUUGGCGGGAGCAACAGGAGAAGCUGGAAAAGGAGAGGAGGGCUAUCAUGGAGGACCACAGCCUGGUGGCAGAGGAGAAACAGCGACUGCUUAAGGAGAAAGAGAAGAAGAUGGAUGAUCUUCGCAAAGAGAAAGAAGCAUCAGAGAUGCUGACAGCCAAAGUUAAGGCCAUGGAGAGCAAGCUGCUGGUUGGUGGGAAGAAUAUUGUAGAUCACACCAAUGAGCAACAGAAGAUUCUGGAGCUGAAGAGACAUGAGAUAGCAGAACAGAAAAGGCGGGAAAGGGAAAUGCAGCAGGUGAUGGAGUGUCGUGAUGAAGAGACGCUUGAGCUGAAGGAGACGUACAGUUCACUACAGCAGGAAGUUGACAUCAAGACCAAGAAACUUAAAAAGCUGUUUUCCAAGCUUCAGUCGGUAAAGGCAGAGAUUCAGGAUGCUCAGGAAGAGCAUGUUAAAUACAGACAGGAGCUGGAGCAGACACAGAAUGAGCUGACCAGAGAACUGAAACUCAAACAUCUGAUCAUAGAGAACUUCAUCCCUCUGGAGGUGAAGAACAAGAUUGUAACAAGGGCCAUUUUUGAUGAAGAAGACGACACCUGGAAAAUGACACCUAUCACCCGUAUUCAAAAUGAUCAGCAGAUGAUGAAAAGGCCAGUUUCUGCAGUCGGGUACAGUCGGCCUCUGAGUCAGCACGCUCGCAUGGCCAUGUUGAUGCAGCCUGAUGUCAGAUACAAGGCUGAGAAUAUCUUGCUGUUGGAGUUGGAUCUCCCCACACGAACCACAAAAGAUUACGAGGGGCCGGUCAUAGCACCUACAGUAGCUGCAGCUCUGGAAGAUGCUCUGAGGGAGGAGGAUGAGAUCCAAGUGGAUGCCUCUGGUCUCCAUUCCAGCCUCGGUUUGGGGUCUGGCCUUUGUGUUUCCUCAGCUGGGUUCUCAAAGAAACCAAAGUCAGGCCGCCCUAAAACUGGCAAGAAGGUGAGCACCCCCACUUCAGGUCAUAGCCCCUUGUCUGGCUCAGGGUCCCCUCUGUACCCGCAGUCCCGUGGGCUUGUGCCCAAAUGAAACCGCUCCUCUGUGAAACCCUCCGCUUGUCCUCAUGUGGGCUAUUUGCAACUAUGUUCUUAGUUCUGGAGGACCAAAAGACUCACAAGCUGCAAGUCAUGGGACAGUUUUGAUGGAUGUCAUGGAAGAUGGAACACGUCUUGUUUAACCUUACAUGAUUGGCUUACAUUUAAAAUGCUGAUUGUGUCGUAAUACAAACAAUGCAAAAGAUUUUCUAACUACCUUGUUUUUAGAUGUCACAUUGGCAUCCCACAAAAAAUGUUACACCACUUGAUCAAUUUGGAUUUAGUGUGCACUUCAGUAAAAUGUUAUGUGUUUAGUGUCUGUGUAAAUGUCUGUGUGUGGGUGAGGUCAAAGGUCAAGACGUUAGAUACAUGUCAUUUAUGGGAACGUUUUAUGUGGGUGCUAUAAGUCCACUUUUUCCAGUUGUAGGAUUAACCAAUUUUAGCUGGAGAUUUAUGCUGGUCCACUGUAUUUGUUAUCUGACAAGAGCAUUACGUCAUUGGCCAGAUCCCAAAACAAUCUCUUGGCAGAAGCAGGGCCGAUAGAAGAUGCAAGUAAGAUGUUUUUCAAUAGGCUGUUGUUGCAGUCAGCGCUGUAUCCUGUAGUUGCUGUGUUUUUUCCAGACUUUCUUUGAAAGGAUGGGAUUUGGGAGGAGAGGUGGGGUUAAAGGUCAUCACACACUAAAAAUAUCAGGGUUCAAAGGUGCCUUAGUUUCUCAUUAAAUAUGGAAGUGAAUACAACUCCCAUUGGUCUGAGAGUCCCUUGACCUGAUCGCUAAAUAUUGUACCCCAAAUGUGUGAGCCAAUUUGCUCUUUUUAACACAUGCCUCCUAAAUACAGAAUUCUUUCAGUGUUACUUGGUUUAUUCAGGUUUGUAUUUAAUAUUUAGAUUUCAUAGGGGUUUGUUAACACAAAGUCUUAAAUAAGUGAUUGCCCCUCCUUUAACUUACCCUUGUUGGUAAUACCAUUGCCUGCUGCUACCGUAGGGUUCUAUCACCCCUUGUGACAAAGCAUACAGUUUAUGUAUAUUAAGAUGUAGGUAAAUAUUUCUGCAUUGCAAAUAAAUAAUAAAUAGAGCAUCAUUUAAAAGGCUAAUUUAUGACCCUACUAGUCAAUUUUAUAAGCAAUUGUAGAUACUUUUUAAUGUUCUUAUUUUCUUUGCUUAGAUUUGUAUUAUUUUUGAAUGUAUUAUUUAAAGUUCUGUACAAAUUUAUUUUUGCAUACGAGAUUUAAGUAUCAUUUUCACUUGAUUCAACUGAUUUCUUCUGUUAAUCAGAAUACAUCAAAUAUUAAACGCAGCUCAUCAGAAUCUGUAUAAUCCUUAUGCUGAUACUCUUAUAGUGGUUUAUACUUUAAACAUUUGUAAUAAUAAAUUUUGAAUUUCGUAAGUAAA